CGAGACUAAUCGUUUGCGAUGUGACGUCGUUUGUGUUAUGACGCAUCUCUCUUACGAGACAAAAACUGCUCAGUUGCGCUGUGUUGUUACUCAACAUGGCUGCGGGGAAACGGGUUGUUCUUGUGACGGGCAGUUCGAGGGGAAUUGGAGCCGAAACUGCUAAAGGAUUUGCAAAGGAAGGAGCCUCAUUGUGCAUCACUGGGUUACCAUCCCAGAAAGAUGAAUUAGCAGAAGUUGCGAAAGUUUGCAAAGAAAAUGGAUCUCCGCAUGUAUUGGAAGUAGCAGCUGAUCUAAGAAAACAAGAAGAUAUGGAUUUGUUGAUGAAUGAAACGAUCAAGACGUUUGGACAACUUGAUGUCUUGGUUAACAACGCAGGAAUCUUUUCAUUUUGCGAUUUAGAAAUGUACACCAGCGAGGAUUUUGACAAGACAUUCAGCAUCAAUGUUAAAGCGCCGAUCUAUCUAACCAAGCUUGCUAAGCCUCAUCUCAGCAAAACUAAAGGUAAUAUCGUCAACAUGUGCAGUUUUGCCAAGGAAUGGUAUUUAAAAACUUGCCUUCUGUAUGGAAUGUCAAAAGCAUCAAUCGCUUAUUUAACUAAAACUACAGCCGCUGAUUUCGCUGAAAACGGAAUAAGAUGCAAUGCCGUUAGCCCAGGUGCCGUUGCCGAUACAGACAUACUCGAGGGCGUUGCUACAGAAAUAACGAAACAAGAAUUGCUUGAAUUUAACAAAAGCAAACUAAAUGGUCGAAUAACAACUAAGAGUGAAGUUUCAGACCUUAUUAGGUUUCUGGCUUCAGAUAAGGCGACAAUGAUCACUGGAGAGUUGAUAACUAUUGACGGCGGAAAGAUGCUUUCAUUGACCGCCUAAUGCUACAUUACGUAAUUUGAAUAAAUAUUAGGAUUUGCA